UGAUGAUGUUCAUCAAUCUUGGUACGCUCAUUUGCAUUGCUAAUCCGUCAAUGGCCAUAAAAUCUUAUGAAUCUUGUUGUCUUAUGUAAUAAUCCAGAAAUGAGUUCCAGGUUGACUAAUAAUUUCCUUUUCGAGACACCUCAAUUCAAAAUUAUUUUUGACAGAGGUGAUCCAGAUACUUUAGGGCCAAAUGAAGAUCCUUAUUCACCUUGCCGCUGUCAUAUUGUACAUUAAUUUAGUGGAAGGUGACUUCGAUCCCACGCUACAUGCGAACUAUAAACAAUUAAACGAAGCCGAAUGUGGCACUAAUCCAGGCGAUGAGCUACGUCCUUUCAUCGUCCAGAUACCAAGGAACAAACGAGAGGCAAGACUCGGAGAAUUUCCUUGGGUUGUACUGAUAUCUUUACACUAUCCUGAUGUACAGGAAAGUCACAAAUGUAUGGGAACAAUCAUUGCUAGAAGAUUCAUUCUAACUGCGUCAAGCUGUUUUGCUGGUUAUGGAAAUGAGGAAAUCAGUCUCAAUUCCGUUUUCGUAGUGGCUGGCGAAUGGGACUUAUCAACAGAUCCUGACUGUGAGGAGUGGGGAUGUGCUCCCAAGUCAACCUUCUACCAAAUUGACAAAAUAAGUUUUCUCCACACUAAUGCUCCAGCUCAAAAUGGCAAGAAUCUUGCAUUGCUGAGAACAAGACUGCCUAUCAAUUUUAAUGGUUAUGUUGGACCUAUUUGCGUGGACUAUGGUGAAACACUCAGGAGAGAAUUCAAUGGGAGAUUCGGUAUUCGCGUAUCUGGCUGGGGAGUGAGUAAUACUGACUAUCAACAGAACAAUAAGCUGAUGGUGUUCGGUGAUCUGGACAUAGUUCCCUCCACCUGGUCAGCUCUGCCUGACUUUCUGCCCGACUCGUUCAAAUCACAGGAGACAGACGAGUCCUACUUCCUCAUUCAGACUCUCAACGAGACCAGUCAUAAGUCAGACACUGGCGGUCCUGUCAUGGUCAACUUCAGGAGGAAAGGUUCCAAGCACCAUCGCUACUAUUUAUACGGCGUCUUCUCGUUUGAAACGGCAUUCGCUAUCGUCGCCAAAGCAGAAGCGUUGGAUGUGGCUGCCAAGGUCCGUUAUCACCUCAAGUGGAUUCUGGAUAAUAUGUAUCUGAAAGACUUUAAGCUUCCAGAUAAAAUCUUAAAAUUGAUCUCUGGUAGCGAUUAUUAGUACUAGUUAUUAUAAUUCGAGUAUUAUUGAUCAAUUACUAUAUUGGCAGAAUAAUAAAAUUUGUUAUUA